AUGGCAAACAAAAGAUCCUGGGAAAUCUUAGAUGAUCUUCGAUUCAUCCCACGGAGCGAUGAGGCUUUGGAGGAGAUAUCCUUCGAUACUACUCCGUACCUUGAUGCCCUUGAUCAUUCGGUGCUUUCCCCUCGUGAACUUCUUCGUCGUGAAUACCAAUCUGUAGCUUGGACUCAGCGCACUAGGUUUCUUAUUGAACCAUCGCAGAACCUAAUCGCUGUAUAUCCAGAUAUUGGUGUCCCUACAGCACAAGAUGUGGUUGCCCACCUUGUGAUCCUCGCGACUCGGAUCUCUCAGGAUCAUCCUCACGAUCGAGGGCUCAUAAGAGAUCUCAAAGCAACCUAUACCUGGCUUCAAGACCAUCAAUAUGCCGCUGGAGAAGAGUUGAGAAAGCACCAACAUGAACGGAUUUUCUUAAACGUCGACGAUAUUGACUCAUACUUCGAAAACUGGCAAUGGCGUUCCUCUCAGGAGCUCAUCCUCAAUCUAUCGUAUGAUUCCUCGAAACGUUUUCGAGUUAGAUCCUUCUUGUCUGAAUUCAGACAACUGUUGGGCGUAGCCGGAGUUCGCCGCCGCGUAGAUGUCAAUUUUGUAGACGAGACGCAAUUUGGAGAUCCCAAUUUCGAAAGGCUGCGAGCAGGGGGUAAGCUCCUGGACAUUGAAUUACGUCCUGAAUAUACUACGGAAAACGAAAAGUCGAAUCCUCUCCGGCUCAAGGCACAUGCUGCUUUCCUUGCAGCUCAUGUUCCGCACAUUGAAACCGCACUAAAUGGAGUUUGGAAAGAGGCCACAUCAGGCGUGCUAUCAUUUCCGGGUACGUAUUUCGCUGCUUGUGCUUUCCUCGAUCUUGUUUAUACGGGAGAUUUAAAAGAUGAGCGUUCACCUGAAGACGAUGAUGGGAUGGAGCUACUGAUGGAUCUAUUGGAAAUGUUGCCAAUCGCUCAUGAGUGGGGUCUCCCUGCGUUGAAGACGAAGUUGGGAUGGCUUAUAACAUCCAAGUAUCUUUUCAUCCAGCCCGAGACGCUUAAAAUGAUUCGAGAUGAAGCUCAAACAUACGAGGCACUAGGACUGGUGAAGGCUUGCGAUGACUUCGCUGAGAAGAAUGCGGGAAUUCUGCCCGACCUAAAGGAGUGA